CUUGACGCUUCUCUUUGCUUUGUUUACUAUGGCUUGCACACAUGUUACCACCACUAAACUGACAGCCCCCAGCGCUUAUACACAAGUCCAUAAAGAAGAAUGCACUCAAUGCUUUGAUAGCCAAGACGGAUCCGAGGGCAUUGACGUGUGCUUGACCUGCUUCAACGGAGGCUGUGUUGAUCCGGCUAGAGACCAUGCACGAAACCACUUCAAUCUGACAGGACAUCCUCUGGCGCUUAACAUCCGCCGUACAGUCGUGGACAAGCCAGACGAUGGUACACCACCUCCACAAAAGAUCAGCAAACUUGCAAUUGUUCCCGAGGAUGAGGAAGUGAAGUAUGACCACUCGCUCAAGAUCCGCUGCUAUGCGUGCCAAGGUGCCGAGUGUGCCAAGGAUUGUACACCUGAGAUUUCGGCUGUCGCAGAUGCCAUUAUGUCUGCCAUGUCUUCAGCAAAGCAAUCCGAAGUCAAGGCAUGGGAAGAAGAAAUCACGGCAUGUGAACACACGCUCUGUUUAGUGCAAGAUCCUCCAAAGAAGCUGGAACAGAAAUCUUUGGCCCAUUGUGCAGACUGUGACCUCAAGGAGAAUCUGUGGUUGUGUUUGGCGUGUGGUAGUCUUGGAUGUGGUCGAAGACACUAUGAUGGAUCUGGCGGCAAUAACCAUGCCUUGGAGCACUAUGAGAAAACGGGCCACGGCGUGUCAUGCAAGUUGGGUACAAUUACUCCUGAAGGCACAGCAGAUAUCUAUUGCUAUAUCUGUAACGAUGCUCGUCUUGAUAAUGACUUAUCGACUCACCUUGCCAAUUGGGGUAUCAACGUUUCUCAGCAAAUGAAGACGGAAAAAAGCAUGACAGAACUGCAAUUGGAACAGAACCUCAAUUUCGAUUUUAGCAUGACGACCGAAGAUGGCAAGCAACUGGAACCCAAAUUUGGACCUGGUUACACUGGCCUCAAGAACCUCGGAAAUAGCUGCUACAUGGCAUCCGUGCUUCAAGCAGUAUUUGACAUCGACGCUUUUCAGGAGCGUUACAGCGUCCAACUUGCUGAUCAUGCCAAGACAUGCACCAAUGAACCCGCCAACUGCUGGCAUUGUCAGCUUCACAAGCUUGCUGAUGGCAUGCUGUCUGGAAGAUAUUCUCAGCCAAACCCAAAGAAAUCUGAUGAACAAGUACCUUCGCAGGACGGUAUUGCACCGGGCAUGUUCAAGGCUCUCGUUGGCAAGGGACACGAAGAGUUUUCCACGAUGCGCCAACAGGAUGCAUACGAGUUCUUCCAAUACCUUACCAAGACAAUCACACAGAAGGAACAUGCAACCAAGACAUCCGAUCCAACAUCGCAGUUUGAGUUUGCUCUCGAGCAACGUUUGCAAUGCGGCAAGUGUAAGAAGGUGCGAUACCAGACUGACAAUGCUAACAGUAUCUCCGUGGGUGUGCCUGCAAAACAAGUUGGCGAAGAUGCCUAUGAGCCUGUGGAUUUCUAUGAAUGCAUGGAUACCUUUGUCGCAGAAGAGCUUGUUGAAGGUUACAACUGCCCCAGCUGUAAUGAAAAGACUACGGCACACAAGUCCGUAAAGUUUGGCACCUUCCCACAAGUGCUGGUAGUACAUGCUCGACGCUUUGCAUUUGUUGAUUGGGUCCCACGAAAACUCAGAGUGGAGAUCAAAUUCCCAGAAGGGCAGCUGAAUUUUGACAAGUAUAUGGGCACCGGUCAGCAAAUCGGUGAAGAGCUGUUGCCAGCAGAUGCACCAGCUGCGGCAGAACCGGCUUUGGACCAAGCUGCUGUGGAACAGCUCACGACUAUGGGCUUCCCCGAAAACCGAUGUAAACGGGCGCUAUUGAACACCGGCAAUAACGGUGCAGAGAUUGCAAUGAACUGGUUAUUUGAACAUAUGGAAGACCCAGGUAUCGAUGAUCCUUUGCCAAGCGAAGGUGGUGCCAAUGCAUCAGCAGCUUCUGACGAGCAGAUCGGCCUCUUGUGCGAAAUGGGAUUUUCACCUCUUCAGGCAAAAAAGGCAUUGAAGGAAACGAGCAAUGAUCCACAACGAGCCCUUGACUGGCUUUUUAGUCAUCCAGACGAAACAGGAGAAGAAUCGGAAGAAUCUGCCACAAAGGAUACCCCUGGAGAUGCAAACCCUCCAUUCAAUUAUACUGUGAAGUCCUUUGUAUCACACAAGGGUACAUCCGUACACUGUGGCCAUUACGUUGCGCACGUUCUCAAGGAAGAGAACUGGGUGCUAUUCAAUGAUAACAAGGUUGCAGUGUCUCCCAAACCACCGAUUGGCGAAGCUUAUUUGUACUUUCUAUCCCGUUCGAAAAUAUAAAAGUUAGGAAACUCCAAACUAUUUUGAGGCUCCAAUAUAAUGUUUCAUUCAUGGUCCCCCGUUAGGUUCAAAACUAAGAUUCCCAAUGUAUGUGUGAAUUCAAAGGGGUGUGAUGAUUAACGGAUCCUGCAUACAGUGGUUCCCGUUCAAUUUCACUCUCAAUAAGAUAAACCCUCAAGUUAUUUCAACCUUUUUCUAUACCCCCUUUAAGCAUAGAACACUGCUUGAACCACGCUCGCUUUGUGUCAACCCUCAGUAGUUUCAACACUUUAUAGAACCCCUUUGAGGUUGAAAUUAAACGGGGAAUCUCUGUACAUAUACUGUUAAGUCUUAGAAACCACAUGACAAAGAGCAACUGGG